AGUGCCCUCUGAUGGUAAACCUUUUGGCGCCUGUUAGAAUCUGUUGCAAACACUUUAUUUUUCCAUUAAUAUCUAAAAGUUUGUAGCUUUUUAUUUUGCUAACACUUUUAGCUGAAGAUUCUUCAAGCUACAUGUCGGGGACCUGCAGAUUUCCGCUGUUUAUCGGUGUGUGCUGAUAGUUGUUGUGGUGCCUGAGUUUGUGUCUGCUGCAUGUGUCCUCUACUCAAGGAAUUUUCCUGUCUCUGCUGUCUGUGGACCCUGUAAUGGGCCAGAACUCCCAAAGAGCACAAGAAUUCUUUUAUUUUUAAUCAGAGUUUUUACCCUCUGGUCUCUGCCUCACUCAGCAGCAGCACCAUGUUUUGGAAGUUUGAUUUGCACACGACGUCCCACAUUGACACACUCCUAGAGAAGGAGGAUGUGACGCUGACAGAGGUGAUGGACGAAGAGGACGUCUUGCAGGAGUGUAAGGCCCAGAACCACAAGCUGGUGGACUUCCUGGUGCGGCCGCAGUGCAUGGAGGACCUGGUGGUCUUUAUCACCCAGGAGCCCAGCGACGACAUGGAGGAGAAGAUCAAGUACAAGUACCCCAACAUAUCCUGUGAGCUCCUUACUUCAGACGUUAGUCAGAUCAAUGACAGACUGGGCGAGGACGAGAGCUUGCUGAUGAAACUCUACAGCUUCUUACAGAACGAAUCCCCUCUCAACCCUUUACUGGCCAGCUUUUUCAGCAAGGUCCUCAGCAUUCUCAUUGGCAGGAAACCUGAACAGAUUGUGGAGUUCCUUAGGAAGAGAGAGGACUUUGUGGAUUUAAUGAUUAAACACAUAGGAACCUCAGCUAUCAUGGAUUUACUGCUGCGAAUGCUCACCUGCAUUGAGCCACAGCAGCUUAGGCAAGAUGUAUUACAUUGGCUGAAUGAAGAGAAAGUGAUCCAGCGGCUUGUUGACAUGGUGCAGCCAUCUCAGGAUGAAGACAGACACUCAAAUGCGUCGCAGUCACUCUGUGAGAUCAUCAGACUGAGCAGAGAUCAGAUGUUCCAGGUGCAGGGCUGCACAGAGCCCGACCCUUUACUGGCCACAUUGGAGAAACAAGAAACAGUGGAGCAGUUGCUGUCCAACAUCUUUGACAAAGAAAAGAAUGAAUCUGCUAUAGUCAGUGUCAUUCAGAUCCUCCUAACUCUGUCUGAGACACGGAGACCAGCUUUUGAAGGCCACUUGGAGAACUGUCCUCCAGGAAUGAAUCAUCCGUCCUUCUCUGUCAAUCAAAGUAUUCUGGAAGCUGUCAGGCCCAGACUGAAAGAUUUCCAUCAGCUGCUGCUGGAUCCCCCAAAGAAAACCGUUAUGAAGACGACAUGGGGAAUGCUGGACCCACCAGUGGGCAAUGCUCGACUGAACGUGGUGCGACUAGUGGCCAGCCUUCUGCAGACCAAUACCCAUAUCAUUAACAUGGAGCUAAUCAAUCUCAACACUCUGGGAGUCAUACUCGAUAUGUACUUCAGAUACAUAUGGAAUAAUUUCCUGCACAUCCAAGUAGAAAUAUGCACUGCGAUGAUCUUAGCAAUGCCUCCGUCUCAAAGCGAAACCUCCGAAAUCAACACAGAAAACGGCCAAGAGCCCGUCAGAGAAAAUCACCUAAUUAAACAUCUGUUUCAGAAGUGCCAGUUAAUACAGAGAAUUCUGGAUGCCUGGGGCUCCAAUGAGAAGGAGCAGGCCGAGGGCGGGCGUCGAAGAGGCUACAUGGGGCAUUUGACCAGAAUAGCAAACUCUAUAGUUCACAAUUGUGACAAGGGCCCCAAUGGGGCCCAGAUUCAGCAGCUCAUUUCAGAACUCGAAGAGGACUACAGGGAAAGAUGGGAGGCCUUCAUUUCUGGUCAACUAGCAGACACAAACAAGAAAAACACUGUAGAUUUAGUAAAUACACAUCAUAUUCAUUCAUCCAGUGACGAUGAGGUAGACUUUAAGGACAGUGGAUUCCACCAGGAUUCUUCCUUACAACAGGCCUUUUCUGAUUAUCAGAUGCAACAAAUGACGUCCAAUUUUAUUGAGCAGUUUGGCUUCAAUGAUGAAGAGUUUGCCGAUCAGGAUGAUGUCGUGGAUAUUCCCUUUGAUAGAAUAUCAGACAUCAAUUUUUCCUUGAAUACAAAUGAGAGUGCAAACAUAGCGCUGUUUGAGGCUUGCUGUAAAGAGAAGAUCCAGCAGUUUGAAGACACUGGCUCUGACGAGGAGGACAUCUGGGAUGAGAAAGAUGUCACUUUUGCCCCAGAAGCACAGAGACGUCCUCGCUCAGGUAGCACGGACAGCGAAGAGAGCACAGACUCUGAGGAGGAGGAUGUGAAGCGGGACCCAUUUGAGCCCGGGAAUGCCACUUCUGACGACAGAAUGGAAGUCGACACUGGGGAAGGGCCCGGGUGGACGGCUAAUUUCGACGAUAUCCCCAUGGAGACGGGCAGCUCUACGGCUCCUGCUCCAGCCACGCCCCCUUCCUCGGCCGGUCUGCCUGAGCCCGUGAGCUGGAGCUCCUCCAGCCCUGGCGCAGACGCAGAGGGCGGCUGGGCAGACUUCUCCAGCUUCACCGCCGUCAGCCCCAAAGACCCUUUGAGGAGCAGUUCCCCAGUAGCCAUGGAGACCAGCAUAGAAACAGUGGACCCCCUGGGCGUCAAUGCUCCCAUGCAGCCUGAGGGUACAGAACCGUGGGCUGGUAACGAGUCUGCCCAGUUGCCCACGUCCCCGGGCGGAAAGACAGGCAGCUCAGAUGCCGAGGAAGAGCCGGCUAAUGACCGCAUCACCGAGACGGUCACCAACGGCUCCAUGAAGGAGACAGUCAGCCUUACUGUAGAUGCCAAAACUGAAACUGCUGUUUUCAAGAGAGUGUUGAAAUCUUAUCGUGAGGAAGAGAAGUUAUCUACCUCUGAAGAUCCAUCUGCAAAAUAUGCGGUUGCGGAGAGUGGUGAAUCUGAGAGGGGUGUGUUUGCGUCAGGUCAGCCUGCUAGCAACUGUCAGAAGCAAGGUGCAAAGCACCUAGAAGAGAAGGCGAAAGCGUCAGGUGAAACUCUUAAUGGUCCUCUUGAGGAUGCGACAGCGAUGGAAGAAGCCAAAUUGGAGCAGCACGUGUCCUCACCAGACGCGACGGUGAACGGGCCAGCAUGAUGCGUGGAGCCGUCAGCCCGCUCCUCCCAUGCAUGCCCCCCCCCUCUCCUCCAGGACCACCAGUAGAGGGCAGUGCCAGCCUGGGGCCACGGCUGCUGCACAAACCUCUCUCCCCCCCCCCUCCCACUCCCCUGCCCACCCCAAACAGAUCAGGACCAGCAAUAUUCAUAUUAGACAGCUGUACAGAGAGUUUGAACUGUAUGAAGAAGAAAAAAAAAAACAUACUCGAAUGGAUUUUUUUUUUUUUUUUUGUGCAUUCGUUUAUAUACUAUUGUUCUUAUGGAGGUGACCUGUCUGAUAUCUUGCCACUCAAAGUUAAUAGUAAUGUUGCUAUAGUUGAAAUGAUUGUAUGAAUAAAAAUAUUUUAUAAAAAGACAAAAUGUAUACAGAGACAGAG